GGAUUUUUAGGGUCAUAAUUUUGAAUUAUGUAAAAGCAGUAGCAUUAAGGACUAGUAACCGACCUCACACGACUUUGGUUAAGAGUCUCUGCAACAAAUUCUAGUAAUUUCCGGCAUCCGUAGAUUUUGAACUUUGCACCUGAAAAUCAAAUACCAGCUACAACCGCCCACAACUUUUUUCAGGCAAAUCCCGCACUCGGAGCUCGGCUAUCAUACACACACCACAUUCAAUCCUAACCACCGGAAAUCGACUCCACUUCUGAUUUCGUCAUAAUAGGUCCGAAAAUGGUGAAAUCCGAGAACGAACAGAGAAAGCGCGUAAAUCAACGGACAUGGAUUUCAAUCGGCGCCGUCAUUUUUCUUCUCCUCGGUAUCGGAUUCGUUCCGAGAAAUUCUCCCGUCACCUCCCUCAUUCAUCGGAUCAAAACCUGUUACUGUUCUCAGGACGGACCUAAAUAUCAUGGAAUUGUGGAGGACUGUUGUUGUGAUUAUCAGACUGUCGACCGUAUCAAUGAGGAGGUGCUGAAUCCGUUGCUCCAACAGAUUGUGAAAUAUCCAUUUUUUCGGUACUUUAAGGUCAAGUUGUGGUGUGAUUGCCCUUUCUGGCCUGAUGAUGGUAUGUGCCGUUUGCGGGACUGCAGUGUCUGUGAAUGUCCGGAGAAUGAGUUUCCUGAAACAUUUAGGAAAUCUUCAGGCAGUGUUCUCUCAUCAGAUGAUCUAGUUUGUCAAGAGGGAAAGCCAGAGGCUACUGUAGAUCGUACUAUAGAUGUUAAAGCUUUCAAAGGCUGGAUGGAAGUAGACAACCCAUGGACAAAUGAUGACGAGACGGAUAAUGCUGAAAUGACAUAUGUAAAUCUGCAACUAAAUCCUGAACGCUACACUGGCUACAGUGGUCCAUCUGCUAGAAGAAUAUGGGAUGCCAUUUACUUGGAGAAUUGCCAGAAGUUAGAUCCAUCUGGAGAGUGCCAAGAGAGAAGAAUAUUGUACAAGUUGAUAUCUGGUCUUCACUCCUCCAUCUCAGUUCACAUCGCUGCUGAAUACCUGCUUGAUGAAAAAACAAACAUGUGGGGCCAGAAGCUGUCUCUAUUGUAUGAUCGGGUCUUGAAAUAUCCAGAUCGUGUCAGAAACUUAUACUUCACUUUUCUUUUUGUCCUUCGAUCGGUGACAAAAGCUGCGGAUUACUUGGAACAAGCUGACUAUGAUACUGGUAACCCUGUGGAGGACCUGAAUACACAGCUUUUGAUGAAGAAGUUACUCUACGAUCACAAACUACAAACUGCAUGCCCAAAACCAUUUGAUGAAGCCAAAAUGUGGAAAGGCCAAAGUGGACCAGAACUAAUGAAGCAGACACAAAUACAAUUCAGAAAUAUAAGUGCAGUGAUGGAUUGCAUUGGAUGUGAGAAGUGCCGUUUGUGGGGAAAGCUUCAGAUUCUUGGACUUGGGACUGCAUUGAAGAUUCUUUUCUCUGAGAAUGGCCAGGAUCAAUCUGGUCAGCAUCUGCAACUACAAAGAAAUGAAGUAAUUGCUCUGGUAAAUCUGCUCAAUCGACUUUCGGAAUCCGUCAAAUUUGUCCAUGAGAUGGGGCCUUCAGCUGAAAGAAUGUUUGGGAAAAUCAUUGGUGGACCGACUGAUCAAAUCAGCCAUCAGUUUUGAUUGGUGCUUGAGCCUGAAACAGGAGGAAGUGUCUUGUUUUGCAGUAACUUAAGUAUAGGGAUAUAGAUUUCAGUAUCAAUUGCUGUAAAUUGCUGUUAUAAUUUAACAACAGAGGUAGUUGGUAAUUUCACAUAACUCUGCAACUCUGGUACCCAGCCAAUUAGGAAAAAGGAAAGGGGAAAAGUAUAGCCACUGAGUUUUUGAAAACGUUGUAACUUAGGGAGAUACCCAAUUGCUGCUGUAUUUGUAGUAGAUGCUAAUCUGUCAUGGAAAGUUGAAGAGGAAAUAGUUUUGAACAUGUGGCACAAUAACUACAACAAGAUUGCCUUGUUUAGGAACGGAUGGGAUUUUCUCUUCUAAAUUUUGUUCCAUUUUCUCUUUUAUUUAA